AUGCACGUUACGGUAUUUCCUAAGCACCGGGGAAGGUCCCGUGGUGAAUACACGUUUCUCUGCAAGGUCAAGACAGCAGAACCUCUCCCAGAAAAGCCUGAAUAUGGUAGCUGUCUUGUGAUGACACAUAUUGCACUGGAUCCAGGCGUGCAUACAUUCAUGACAAGUUACGAUCCGAAUGAACUGGUUGUGGAAUGGGGUGAAGUAAACGCGCAACUAGCCAUUAAGCAUAAACGUUAUAAACUUCGUCGUGCCAUGCUACGGAUUCAAAAGAAGAUUCGUAGUCUUGUGGAUGACUGCUAUCAUAAACUCUCCAAAUGA